AUGAGGGCUGAGGCUUUACAAAGAGCGGAAACUGGUGCAGCGCAUUCAGCGAGAGAUCUUCACCCAGCGGCGUUUAAUUACUAUGCUCAGGUCGAUUACUUAACCCAUUCGAAGGUGCAAAUCGGAAAGAUGGAUGUCAUGUGUGGCAAGCGUCAAGCCAAAAAGUUUAGAACCGAAGCUCUUGGCAUGUGCUUUCCAGCGGCCAAAUCAAUCUUCCGCCUCUAUAUCACGUCCUUUCGCAGUACAGCCGCCACGGCCGACAUUGAAAAACAGGGCUUCAUGCCAACGUUCAAGGGCUGGGACAGAUUUAUCGUAAAGCUGGAUCCUAUUCUUGCAGCUGUACUUCGCCUGGAGCAGCUGCUAGCGAAUCAACUUUUGGCGUUAUCGUGGCAUAAGGCCGGAGAUCGUGCUGAAGCUGCAAAGAAUGCUGCAUGA